GCUAAGCUUUGAUUUCCUCUAGCUAUCUUCUCUAUUUGAUCCUCUGUAUUCUACUAUAUAUAUAUAUAUAUAGUAGCCGGCCGGCCACUACUGCCACAUACUUUUAAUUUCUAGCCGGCGUUUAUUAUCAUUACGAUUCCACCUCCCACUCCCUCCUUGUCCAUUUAUUCAUCAUCACCCGCAUCAAUCAUCAUAUCCUCCCUCCGUUCACAUUUUUGGUACAGCCCUCUCAUCCAUAUAAAUACAUCUGCGGUAGCCGCUGCGGAUCCUGCUUGUUCUUCUUCUGAUUCUUUCUCCGUCUCUCUCUCUGUCUGUCUUUGUCUGAUCUCUCUCAUAUUGAUCUACAGAAAAGGCAAAAGGGCAGGGGCGGGUGGAGGCCAGCGGGGCUGGGUUUCUGUGCCUGCGCUUUUCUUCUUCGUUGGGCGGCUGCACAGAGAUCGUCCAAGUAAUAGUGAAUAUUAAUAGUGGUGGAGGCUAGCCAGGUAGCCCACUUGCCCUCUCCAUCACUGAUAUCUCCGUCUCCAUCAUCGACCGCCUGCCGCUGCUCAAAUAUUUCCGACCACCAGUACUCUCCAAUAAUGGUUGGGUUGCAGACUGAGCGCAUGCCUGGGAACAACUAUAACGGUAGUUCUGCCAUCCCCACAAGUCGACUAGAAAGACUUUUGAGAGAUAGAGAGCUGAGGAGAAACAGUAAGGUUGCUCAUCCAAGUGAAGUGACUGAUAAUAACAGGGGGAGUGAGCUCUUUGAGCAAGAACUGCAUUUAAGAGAAGUUGGUAACUCAAGGGUUUCCCAUGUGGCGGAAGGGGAUGUGGCAGCAAGGGCUUGUGGUGAGCGAUGUGAACGAUCAGAUGGCAAGCUUUUCAGGCAACGGCUGCUGGUGGUGGCUAACCGGCUUCCUGUCUCUGCUGUUAGGAGAGGCGAGGAGUCAUGGUCAUUGGAGAUUAGUGCUGGGGGUUUAGUCAGUGCUCUUCUUGGUGUGAAUGACUUUGAGGCUAGAUGGAUUGGAUGGGCUGGUGUGAAUGUGCCAGAUGAGCCUGGCCAGAGGGCACUGACUAAAGCUUUGGCUGAAAAUAGGUGUAUCCCAGUAUUCCUUGAUGAGGACGUUGUUCAUCAGUAUUAUAAUGGAUACUGCAACAAUAUCUUAUGGCCUCUUUUCCAUUAUCUUGGACUUCCACAAGAAGAUCGCCUGGCCACAACUCGCAGUUUUCAGUCUCAGUUUGCUGCUUAUAAGAGGGCAAACCAGAUGUUUGCUGAUGUGGUAAACAAGCAUUAUCAAGAUGGAGAUGUUGUUUGGUGCCAUGAUUACCAUCUCAUGUUUCUUCCGAAAUGCCUCAAGGAAUACAACAAAAAAAUGAAAGUUGGCUGGUUUCUUCACACCCCAUUUCCUUCUUCUGAAAUCCAUAGGACAUUGCCAUCUCGAUCAGAGCUGCUGCGUUCGGUUCUUUGUGCUGAUUUAGUUGGUUUCCAUACAUAUGAUUAUGCAAGGCAUUUUGUUAGUGCUUGUACUCGUAUUCUUGGGCUUGAGGGUACUCCUGAAGGUGUAGAAGACCAAGGGAGGCUGACUCGUGUGGCUGCAUUUCCUAUUGGGAUAGAUUCAGAAAGGUUCAUUCGAGCACUUGAUGCUCCUGAAGUUCAGCGUCACAUUAAAGAAUUAAAGGAAAGAUUUGCUGACCGGAAGGUAAUGCUAGGUGUUGAUCGUCUUGAUAUGAUUAAAGGGAUUCCCCAAAAAAUACUUGCAUUUGAAAAAUUUCUUGAGGAGAACCCAAAUUGGCGCGACAAAGUAGUUUUGCUGCAAAUUGCUGUCCCAACAAGAACAGAUGUUCCCGAGUAUAAAAAACUUUCAAGCCAAGUUCAUGAAAUUGUUGGACGCAUUAAUGGCAGAUUUGGAUCCUAUAGUGCUGUUCCAAUUCAUCAUCUGGAUCGUUCUCUUGACUUCCAUGGACUAUGCGCACUUUAUGCUGUCACCGAUGUAGCACUUGUCACAUCUCUAAGGGAUGGAAUGAAUCUCGUCAGCUAUGAGUUUGUGGCAUGCCAAGAUUCAAAGAAGGGUGUUCUCAUUCUUAGCGAGUUUGCAGGUGCUGCACAGUCUCUGGGUGCCGGAGCGAUCCUAGUAAACCCCUGGAACAUCACUGAAGUUGCUGCCUCAAUUGGCCAAGCUUUAGAUAUGUCAGAUGAGGAAAGAGAGAAGAGACACCGGCUCAACUUUGCGCAUGUGAAAACCCAUACUGCUCAAGAAUGGGCCGAAACUUUUGUAAGUGAAUUGAAUGAUACUGUUGUUGAAGCUCAGCUAAGGAUAAGCCGAGUUCCACCUGAACUUCCUGUUGAAGAUGCAAAAGAGCGUUAUUUGCAGUCAAAUAACCGACUACUCAUACUGGGAUUCAAUGCAACCUUAACUAAACCAGUGGACACUCCUGAGAGAAGAGGUGGAGAUCAGAUUAAAGAAAUGGAACUAAAAUUGCAUCCAGAGUUGAAAGUGCCAUUGACUGCACUCUGCAGUGAUCCUAAGACAACCAUUGUUGUCCUCAGUGGAAGUGACAGAGACAUCUUAGAUAAUAACUUUAAGGAGUACAACAUGUGGUUGGCAGCAGAGAAUGGGAUGUUUUUGCGCCAUACAAAGGGAGAGUGGAUGACAACAAUGCCAGAGCAUUUAAAUAUGGAGUGGGAGAGUGUAAAGCAUGUUUUUGAGUACUUUACUGAAAGAACACCUCGAUCACAUUUUGAACCCCGCGCAACCUCACUUGUAUGGAAUUACAAGUAUGCAGAUGUUGAAUUUGGAAGACUUCAAGCAAGGGAUAUGUUGCAGCAUCUUUGGACAGGCCCAAUUUCUAAUGCAUCUGUUGAUGUAGUCCAAGGAAGUCGAUCUGUUGAGGUGCGAGCAGUUGGUGUUACAAAGGGUGCAGCAAUUGAUCGUAUAUUGGGAGAGAUAGUUCACAGUAAAUCAAUGAACUCACCUAUCGACUAUGUUUUGUGCAUUGGACAUUUCCUUCAAAAGGAUGAAGAUGUGUACACAUUUUUUGAGCCAGAGCUACCCUCUGACGGUGCGGGUAUGGGAAGGACAAAGGUGACUGAUGCACUGAAGGUGCCUGGGGAUAGAAGGGCUCUGAAGCUUCCUGCCGGCAGAAGUGGGUCAAAAUCAUCACAUGGCAGGCCACAGCGGCCACUGCCAAAUGCAGAGAAGAAAUCCAUGAAUCACGUUUGCGGUAGUGGACGGCGCCCCUCACCAGAAAAAUUUUCGUGGAAUGUUCUUGAUCUCAAGGGGGAUAAUUAUUUCUCUUGUGCUGUCGGGCGGACUCGAACCAGUGCCCGAUACCUCCUUGGAUCAUCGGACAAUGUCGUCCAAUUUCUAAAGAAUCUAGCCCGGGGCCUUGAAGCAUCUCUGCCACCCGUGUCAUCAUCAUCCUCAUCAAGUUGAGGAAGCAAUGCUCCCAGAUUUCUAUGAUAAUCUUAUCAGCAAGUUAAAAGAGGUACCAAGCCAUGUGAUUUUGGAAAUCAUAAUGAUGCAAUAGAAAGUCCCAUCCAAUGUGAUAUGAAUAUUUUGUGUUUUCAAAUGCUUUCCUUGAUGUCUUCUUUCCCAUUUUUCUCCGUGUUAUGGCAAACUAUAUGUAAGUGGUGCUUCCAGAGAGACAGAAUAAAUAUAAACCACAGAAAAUAUAUAUA